UUUGACAUAGUUACCCAUAAACGCUCUCUGUGUCAUUAUAUGCAAGUAUGUAGGGAGGGCAAGUCCAGACUGAACUAUGGGUGUGACAAAAAGAAAAUAGGCGUUGCUUUUGUCAUUCAGGAGUAAAGUGAAAAGAGAGACAAGCUAGACGUGAUUUUGACGGCCGGCCACACGGAGACUCGCUUCGGAUCCAGUCGCUGUGUGUAAACCCGGACUCCGCUAGAAACACGAGCCGACUCCGAGUCGCUCGGAUAUCAGACACGUACAGGAUUUGUCAUGAAAAGGCGAGAAGAGGAUCUAAAAUAAGGCCUCUGGCAUUCUCUGUCUUUCUUGCUUUCUUUUAAAAUCCAGCAUAAUGCUGCGUAAGUUCAGUUCAGAGGGUUCGUUGUUGGAGCUGGAUUUCCUGCCCUGGGGGGAUAGAGAUGGGACCCCGGACAGCUUGGAUGAUCUGCCAGAUGGAGCCUCGGCAUCCUAUCCUUGCACCCCAGAUGCAAAGUCUGGGAGUGCUGGAAAGGGGGAGCUUAAGAGAGAUUAUAGCAUUAGUAUGGAAAAUCUGUCCAAUUUGGAGAAGGACUCUGGUUUACUGAAAGUGACGAACCUUAAUGAGAGUUUUAAAGCGUACAGUGACAGCCAGCUCACUGGCAAUGCCAAAGCCAGCUUUGAGAGUGUGGGAAAGUGUGAAGGCCAGCCCCACUCCCCAUCAUCCACACUGAAAUCCGGCCAUAUGCCCGUCUCCCCAAAACCUCCCCUCUAUCACCGCCAGCAAGCUCGGGCCAAACUGACAGCUGCUAAAUUACACCUUAAAAGUUUGUUUGGACAGGGUUCACCGCAGUCCUCACAUUCGAAUCUGGCGAGUGCAGAGCACAGUGCGAACGUAACCAGCGCUAAAGAGAGGCGUUCUCGAAUGCCUUUCCUCAAGCAGUGGAGUCAGGUGGGCCACGGCAGAGCUCAACUCAGCAGGGAGGAGAUGGAAAGUUGGGCCAAGUCCCUUGAUGCUUUGCUGGAAAGCAGAGUGGGCGUCACAGUCUUUGAAGCGUUCCUGCGGUCCGAGUUCAGUGAGGAAAACCUGCAGUUCUACUCGGCCUGUGAGCAGUACAGUCAGUCCAACAAAUUCAGCCUGCAGAGACGGGCAAAAAUGAUUACUGAGACGUACAUCCAGCCCGGUGCUCCCAGAGAGGUGAACCUGGACAAUAAGACGAGAGAACUGACCCUAGAGCUCCUCAAAGCCCCCUCUCACACUGCUCUCUCACAUGCUCAAAGGCGCAUCUACUGCCUCCUGGAAAUGGACUGUUACCCCCGUUUCCUCCAGUCGGAGAUCUACCUCACGCUACUGAGGGAUUCAUAUUAAAACAAGUGUCCAAAAGCAGGGUCAUCCUAAAAACUGAACGGACAUCAUGCCUUGACAGUGGAGACGGCAAACGUGUCUCUGUGAU